GCUAACGUUAGCGGUUUUGGAGAAUUUGGUCAAUUUAGUCCAGCCCCCCCCCAUACAACACAAAAUAUGUAUUUGUCAUACCGCACGUCAAUCAACAUUUAUUCAACAACCCUGUGGUCUGAUUGGCCGUUUUCGUCUUUACUUCCGCCCUACAUUCAUAAUAGUGUACGUUUAUCAAGCUACCUAAGAUUAAGGCUUAGCAACAUAAUCAAUACAGUGUUUUAUUUUUGGUCGGUGUUCACUUAUGAGCUUCUUUUUCUCCAAUUAACAGUGACACGAAUUCCCACUGGAAAUACAACUAAAACCUAACAACUGUUUGAUAAACCUCCUAGUUAGCUAUUCUGCUGUUAGCUGGCUAAUGUUCCCUAUUCAUCACCACACCCAGACAAGAGUGACCACAUAUCUUAUUUAGGUGGACUCCCAUUACUGUCCGAGCUGCCUGGAGAAUAUGCCUUCAGCGGAGGCAAAGCUGAAGAAGAACAGGUGUGCCAACUGCUUCGACUGCCCGUGCUGCAUGCACACCCUGUCCACCCGGGCAACCAACAUCCCAGCCCCUCUUCCUGACGACCCCAGCAAGACGACCAUGAAGAAGGCCUACUACCUGGCCUGUGGCUUCUGUCGCUGGACAUCCAGAGAUGUGGGCAUGGCUGACAAGUCUGUGGCCAGUGGAGGAUGGCAGGAGCCGGACAACCGUCAUACUCAACGGAUCAAUAAACUGAUAGAGUAUUACCAGCAGCUGGCCCAGAGGGAGAAACUGGAGCGGGAUCGGAAGAAGCUGGCCAGGAGACGACCCUAUAUGCCUCUGGCCUUCUCGCAACACACUAUUCAUGUGGUGGAGAAGUAUGGUCUGGGUACCAGACUACAGAGACAGAGACCUGGAGCUCCUAUCACCAGUCUGGCUGGUCUUUCUCUGAAGGAAGGUGAAGACCAAAAGGAGAUUAACAUAGAGCCAGCCCAGGCCUUGGACGAGGUGGAACCACUGCCUGAAGACUACUACACCAGACCAAUCAACCUACCCGAGGUAACAUCCUUGCGCCAGCGGCUGCUCCAGCCUGACUUCCAACCAGCCGGAGCCUCUCAGCUCCACCCCAAACACAAACACCUGUUGAUCAAGCGCUCUCUGCGAUGCAGGAAAUGUGAGCACAAUCUGAGCAAGCCAGAAUUCAACCCAACCUCAAUAAAGUUCAAAAUCCAGCUGGUGGCUGUGAGUUACAUCCCUGAGGUCAGAAUAAUGUCCAUUCCAAACCUGCGCUUCCAGAAGGAGUGCCAGGUGCUGCUCACCCUGACCAACCCCGUGGAGAGUAUUACCCACGUCACCCUGGUGGGCUGUGAGGAAGGAGACCCAGAGGACAUCAACAGCACUGCGAAGGUGAUGGUUCCUACCAAGGAGUUGGUCUUGGCAGGGAAGGAUGCUGCAGCAGAUUACGACGAGUUGGCUGAGCCACAGGACUUCAAGGACGACCCAGAUGUGGUGGCCUUCAGGAAAUCCAAUAAGAUCGGUUUCUUCAUCAAGGUGGUCCCUCAGCGCGAGGAGGACGGCGAUGUCACGGUGUCCUUUAAGAUUCGCCACGACUUCCGGAAUUUGGCGGCUCCCAUAAGGCCGAGCGAGGAGGACGAUGCCCCAACCGAGGCAAUAUGGCUCACACACCACGUAGAGCUCAGCCUGGGGCCGCUCGUAGCGUGAAGUUACACACACUGAAUACACACACACACACACACACGUUAACAGAAACACAAAAUACAUAUAUACACUGAGUGGACAAAACAUUAAGAACACCUGCGCUUUCCAUGACAGACUGACAAGGUGAACCCAGGUGAAAGCUAUGAUCCCUUAUUGACGUCACCUGAUAAAUCCACUUCAAUCAGUGUAGAUGAAGAGGAGGAGACGGGUUAAAGUAGGAAUUGUAAGACUUGAGAGAAUUUGAGACAUGUGAUUGUGUAUGUGUGUCUUUCAGCGGGUGAAUCGGCAAGACAAAAGAUUUAAGUGCCUUUUUGACAGGGUAUGUUAGUAGGUGACAGGCGCACCAGUUUGAGUCAAGAACUGCAACGCUGCUGGGUUUUUCCACGCUCAACAGUUUCCCGUGUGUGUCAAGAAGGGUCCGACACCCAAUGAACAUCCAGCCAACUUGACACAACAGUGAGAAUGGAGUCAACUUUGGAGUUCAUGACCUGACGAAUUGAGGCUGUUCUGAGGGGUAGCGGAGAGGGGGGGGUGCACCUCAGGUUCCUAAUGUUUGGUAUGCUCAUUAUAUAUAGUAGAGCAGUGUUGAGAGAGAACACACCUACCAGACAAACACACACACGCCGUACAUGCAUUGGAUCACAUAUCUCUCACACACAACACACACACACACACACACACGUACUCGACUAGCAACACUUCUCUGUACCACCAAGCAGUUCCAGAGACCCUUUCCCGCUUCACGCUUCAACUUAGGCACUGUCUUCAUCAUCCUCCUCCUAAGGAUGAAGAGUAUUUACCUGCAUGCCAUGCCAGGCUACAUCUACCUGCUAAUAAAUGUCUCUUAGAUGAUGUCAUUACUGUUUCUGCUCUCUGGGUUGAAGGUAGGGUGAGACUGUCAUUACUGUUUCUUCUCUCUGGGUUGAAGGUAGGGUGAGACUGUCAUUACUGUUUCUCCUCUCUGGGUUGAAGGUAGGAUGAGACUGUCAUUACUGUUUCUCCUCUCUGGGUUGAAGGUAGGAUGAGACUCAUUACCGUUUCUCCUCUCUGGGUUGAAGGUAGGGUGAGACUGUCAUUACUGUUUCUUCCUCUCUGGGUUGAAGGUAGGGUGAGACUGUCAUUACUGUUUCUCCUCUCUGGGUUGAAGGUAGGAUGAGACUGUCAUUACUGUUUCUCCUCUCUGGGUUGAAGGUAGGAUGAGACUGUCAUUCUCCUCUCUGGGUUGAAGGUAGGGUGAGACUGUCAUUACUGUUUCUCCUCUGGGUUGAAGGUAGGAUGAGACUGUCAUUACUGUUUCUCCUCUCUGGGUAGAAGGUAGGGUGAGACUGUCAUUUUCCUUUCUGGGUUGAAGGUAGGAUGAGACUGUCAUUACCGUUUCUCCUCUCUGGGUUGAAGGUAGGAUGAGACUGUCAUUCUCUCUGGGUUGAAAGUAGGGUGAGACUGUCAUUACUGUUUCUCCUCUGGGUUGAAGGUAGGGUGAGACUGUCAUUACUGUUUCUCCUCUCUGGGUUGAAGGUAGGAUGAGACUGUCAUUCUCCUCUGGGUUGAAGGUAGGGUGAGACUGUCAUUACUGUUUCUCCUCUCUGGGUUGAAGAUAGGAUGAGACUGUCAUUACUGUUUCUCCUCUCUGGGUUGAAGGUAGGAUGAGACUGUCAUUCUCCUUUCUGGGUUGAAGGUAGGGUGAGACUGUCAUUACUGUUUCUCCUCUCUGGGUUGAAGGUAGGGUGAGACUGUCAUUACUGUUUCUCCUCUCUGGGUUGAAGGUAGGGUGAGACUGUCAUUCUCCUCUCUGGGUUGAAGGUAGGGUGAGACUGUCAUUACUGUUUCUCCUCUCUGGGUUGAAGGUAGGAUGAGACUGUCAUUACUGUUUCUCCUCUCUGGGUUGAAGGUAGGGUGAGACUGUCAUUACUGUUUCUCCUCUCUGGGUUGCAGGUAGGGUGAGACUGUCAUUACUGUUUCUCCUCUCUGAGUUGAAGGUAGGGUGAGACUGUCAUUACUGUUUCUCUUCUCUGGGUUGAAGGUAGGGUGAGACUGUCAUUCUCUCUGGGUUGAAGGUAGGGUGAGACUGUCAUUACUGUUUGUCCUCUCUGGGUUGAAGGUAGGGUGAGACUGUCAUUCUCUCUGGGUUGAAGGUAGGGUGAGACUCAUUACUGUUUCUCUCUGGGUUGAAGGUAGGGUGAUCUCCUCUGGGUUGAAGGUAGGGUGAGACUCAUUACUGUUUCUCUCUGGGUUGAAGGUAGGGUGAGACUCAUUACUGUUUCUCCUCUCUGGGUUGAAGGUAGGGUGAGACUCAUUACUGUUUCUCUCUGGGUUGAAGGUAGAGUGAUCUCCUCUGGGUUGAAGGUAGGGUGAUCUCCUCUGGGUUGAAGGUAGAGUGAUCUCCUCUGGGUUGAAGGUAGGGUGAUCUCCUCUGGGUUGAAGGUAGGGUGAUCUCCUCUGGGUUGAAGGUAGGGUGAUCUCCUCUGGGUUGAAGGUAGGGUGAUCUCCUCUGGGUUGAAGGUAGGGUGAUCUCCUCUGGGUUGAAGGUAGGGUGAUCUCCUCUGGGUUGAAGGUAGGGUGAUCUCCUCUGGGUUGAAGGUAGGGUGAGACUAAGGAGUUGGGAGUUAUUUUUGCUGUUGUCUUCAGUACUGAAGUCAGUCAGUUCUAUUAGCAGUAUAGAAGUAGUGAGACCUGUAAACGGUCUUUGUCUGAGGUAAGAUACAUUCCCUAAAAUCACUAUCGAUCAAUCGUACAUUUUCAUAAAAUGUAAAGUGUAUUAUAUAUAUUCAUUGGAUGGUUUCUGCUGAAGAUCUGACCAACAGUGGCUGGUUGCUGUUUAUUGUGGUUCACUGGCACUCAUUUUAAUUUGUUGUCUCUGUGUGAAGUCUGGAAGGAAUUUCUCGGGUUUUGUUAGUCUUACAACACGGUUAACCUGUUACUGGCUAAUAAAAUAAUGUCAGAAAAACA